AUGACUCUUGGCUCUGGAGGAUCGAGUGUUGUCGUACCGAGGAAUUUCCGGUUGCUGGAGGAGCUUGAACGUGGAGAGAAGGGUAUUGGGGAUGGAACUGUGAGCUAUGGAAUGGAUGAUGGUGAUGACAUUUAUAUGCGCUCUUGGACUGGCACUAUCAUCGGUCCUCAUAACACUGUACACGAGGGUCGAAUCUAUCAGUUGAAGCUCUUCUGCGACAAAGAUUACCCUGAGAAACCCCCGACUGUCCGGUUCCAUUCACGCAUCAACAUGACUUGUGUCAACCAUGAAACCGGCGUGGUGGAGCCAAAGAAGUUUGGGCUUCUUGCAAGCUGGCAAAGGGAGUACACAAUGGAGGACAUACUGAUUCAUUUGAAGAAGGAGAUGGCUGCAUCGCAUAACCGAAAGCUUGUUCAACCUCCUGAAGGAACAUUCUUCUAA